AGCCGAGUUCUCCACCAGUGCACUACUAUUGCCAAUGAUAGCGCACUUCUUUCACUCACUAGGUCCACCGUCUGCACGUGUCUGUCAUCGGAAGUGGAUAUGGCAGCGAACCGGGUCGGGAGAAGAUGUAACAACAAAGUCCAUUCCCCGAGUAGGGGUCCAGGUAGGGACCCGGGGCUUAGCUUGCAGAAGAGGCAAGCACGGGUCACGGUAAAGUACAACAGAAAGGAGCUCCAAAGGCGCUUGGAUGUGGAGAAGUGGAUUGACUGUAGUCUGGACGAGCUCUAUUUGGGCAGGGAGGAGGAGAUGCCGGAGGAGGUGAACAUUGACGAGCUGUUAGACCUGAAGAGUGAUGAGGAGAGAACUCACAGGCUGCAGGAAAUGUUUCACACCUGCAAUAACACAGAGGUUUUCAUCAAGGAACUGGUGUUGAAACUCCAUGGGCUGCAGAAACAGGAGGACCUCCACAACGAUGGCAUCGAACAACCCCAGCUACACAUCUUCCCCAACCGGCAAAACUCUGCAGACCGAGAGGUGAUCUGAAGGCCCUGUUAUGUUACCCUUCAACCCCAGAACCCAGCACCCUACUCCCCAUUCCCCAGCCCCAGCCCGAUGACAUGGACCUCAUCUGAAAAACAUGGAGUCGUGCGGGUCUUUACACUGUGCUCUACACACUGUCAAAUACACAUUAAACAGCUAGCCAAAUCUGACAACUUAUCACAAACAUUGCAAACACCUUAUCUUCUGUCCGCACGCACACACACACAACCACAAUGCACAGGCCGUCCCUGCAACAUUUGUACCUCUACAAUGUCAAAUGAAUUAUGUUUUAUUUUUGUUAACUCAUAAAGUGUCAGAAAUGUGUGAAACAUGCUGCUCUCUGUUGGGUCGCUACCGCUACUUGUGUUCUGUUUCCUCUAAUAGUUCAACUGUUCUCUCUUAUUUUUUCAAGUACAUUGUAUAAUGCUUUUAUUGGAAAACCCAUUAAGGUAUCGACUGUUGGUCUGUGUCUUAUGUUGUGAGAUGCACCUCUGAUUCUGUUUAGCUCACAAACCAGAACCAAAGAGUCCAGCAACAUACUGUAGAUACCAAUGUCAGUCUGAAGGUAAUAAAGACUCCUACAGAGCUUUCAUAUACACAAAUGGGUUAGUCAACGGUACCUAGCUACAAGCAGGCCUGCCAUAUUUUCAAACUGUGCAUCCAGUAACAUAAGAGACAAUAGUUAAUGGGGUCAACUGAAUAUAUAUUAAAAAGGGGAGUAGUAUUGUGUUGUGAUAUUCCUGAUGAUUUUAAUGACCGUAUACAUAACGCUACAAAGGAUAUUUUUUAUGAAGACCAAGCAGUGUUGCUUGGUAGGUUGUCAACUGCCACUCACAAAGCCUGUUCAGGCUAGCUAUUAAGGCUAUUUUAAGAUAACAUUUAUGCUGUCAGGAAUACCAGGUAAUUUAUUUCUUACCAAAGUGUUUAUAUCUAUAGAUGGAGUGCUGAGGAUCUUCAGUCAGCUAAAGGAUAGGAACCAAACUGCUUUACUGUGCUCCUAUGUGCCACCUCAGGUACACAAUGUUUCCUAAUGUCGUUUUUCUUACAUGAUUUUCAACACGUUUGUAAAUGUGUAGUUCUCUGUUGGUUGGUUGUAUUGAUUGUAUAUUGGUUUAAAUACAUUUUGAAUUCAACGUU